AUGCAGCGAUUAGUUUUUCGUCGAUUAUCAACAAUAAACAAUAGUCAACGUGGUUGGAGAAAAUAUCUUAAUCAAUUGAAAGACCGUCCGGCAUCUCAUAUCACCGCAUUUGCUAUUCUCCAUGAAGUGACCGCCAUUCUUCCAUUUCCAUUGAUCUACUUUCCGUUGAAAUGGCUACGCAUCGGAGAGUACCUUCCUAUUCCAAUCGAAUAUAUCCAAGAGGGAAACAAGAAGAUCAAUCGUGUGCGCACUCGGUAUGGUUUCGAACCGCUAGAUGAAUCAUCGAUGGUCCUAGUCAAUCUCUCAAUGACAUACGCAAUCGUUAAACUUCUACUUCCUCUACGUAUUGGAUUAAGUUUAAUGUUAACACCAUGGCUAGCGUCAGUUAUUACUCGUUCGUUGUCCGUUGUUCAACGUGUGAAAACAAAGCUUUUUAAAUAA